UGCGGAGCAUGCGGCCGAAUUCGAGUAUAAAAGCGUCGUAAGGCAACGGCUUACCAGUCUUACGUCGCUCUGGUUCUUGUGAUCUUCGAGCUCUGUACUGGAUCUAAACCACCUCCGAACACCAUGAACGCCAUUCUCUCCACCGUUCUAUUCGCCCUAUUCUCGGCGGCCUCCGCCGGCUUCAUCGGCGGCUACAGUGGCUACGGCGCUGGCCUCGGUGCCGCCGGUAGUGGCGCUGGACUAGGAGGCGGCUAUGGCGCCGGUUACGGCGCUGGUCUCGGAGGUGCUGGCGCCGCCGCCCCGGCCGUUCGCAGCACUUCCUACAGCAGCAGCGCAGGAGGCGCGGCGAUCCUUCACGGAGGCGCAGCUGGUGGUCACGGAGGCGCUAGUCUCGGUCUGGUCUCGGGUGCCGGCCUCGGAUACGGAGGCGGUCUUGGCUACGGAGGUGGUCUCGGCUACGGAGGCGGCCUCGCCCUCGGCGGUGGUCUCGGAUACGGCGCUGGCCUCGGCGUCGCUCGUCCCGCCUUCGCCGUAGCCGCUGCUCCAGCUGUGGCCGUGGCUCGUCCCGUGGCUGUAGCUCGCCCGGUGGCUGUAGCUCGUCCAGUGGCUGUCGUUCGACCGGUCGCCAUUGCUGCCCCCGCUGUCUCUACCGUGGCUGCCUAUCCGGCGGUCGCCGUCGGAGGUGGUCUCGGCGGUUACGGUGGUUUCGGUGGCCUGGGUGCUGUCGGCGGUGGCUACGGUGCCGGAUACGGUCUCGGUCACGGUGCUGGUGUCGCUAGGCUUGCUGUCGUUGGUGGCUACGGCGCCGGCUACGGUGGUGGAUACGGCUACGGCCACGGCGCUGGCCUUGGCAGGCUUGGAGUUACUUACGGCCAUGCCGCUAAGUGGUGGUAAGUUGUCCCAUGUUGUGA